AUGUUUAGGCGAAAUGACUGCAUGGAGGGCCACUACGUCCUCGGCCUGUUCCUCACAUUCGCCUCUGCCGCGCUCCUCGCCAUCGGCUCCGUGUCCACAUUCAUCGCGCCCCUCACCAUGCUCAGCGUGCCCUCCAAGCACCUCACCUUUGGCGUCUUUGCGUACUGCACCUCGUCGACCUGUCACCGCGGUCUCGGCGUGUCAGGCCCGGCCUACACCGAGGUCAUUACGGGGCUGGACAAUGCCCAACUGCUGGUCCCAAUUGGUGCCGGACUCGAGUUGCUCGCAUUCCUCGUGCUCGUCGUACACCUCACCGAGUCGCCGUUCUGCGACCACCACCUGUGGUUCCGUGUAACGUCUUUCCUCGGAGCCCUCGUCUCCCUCGUGGCUGCGCUGUGCGGCACUGCGCUGUGGUCGAUCGCGCGCAAGCGCUUCAACAACGAGGGCGCGCCGGCGUCGUUUGGCGACGCACUGUGGAUCGUCUGGGGCGGCACCGCCGCGGCCAUGUUGGCGUUCUUGAUUGGCGGACCGGCGUAUAACGGAACGAUCAUGUAUCGCGCCACGCCCAGCCGCGCGUAUUCUGUGUAG